AUGGACAUGUUUCAGUUCUUUGAGAAGGGAAUGAGAGGUGGGGUAAGUCAUAUUGCUCAUAGACACUCUACGGCGAAUAAUAAGUAUAUGGAAACGUAUGACGAAGAAGCUGAAAACAAGUUCCUUAUGUACCUCGACGCCAACAAUUUAUACGGCUGGGCAAUGUCUCAACCUCUUCCAAAUGGAGAGUUUGAGUGGAUCAAGGAAGUUGAUAAAAUAAAUAUUGAUGACUACUUAGGAGACAGUGGAAGGGGUAUGGUUCUUGAGGUUGAUAUGGAAUAUCCAGAAGAACUUCAUGAUAUACAUAAUGGUUAUCCUCUAGCUCCAGAAAGUAAGGAGAUCGAUGUGUCAAUGUUAUCAGACUAUGCUAAGGAUAUUGCCGAUAAAUUCCAGCUGACAAUUGGAGGUGUGCGGAAACUGGUGAACUCCUUAGGUCCCAGGAAGAAUUACGUUCUACAUGUUAGGAAUCUGAAACUCUACAUGGAACUCGGAAUGAAACUUGUGAAGGUUCACAGAGCAGUCUCCUUCAAGCAGUCAACUUGGUUGAAAAAGUAUAUUGACUUCAAUACUCAAAAACGAUCAGUCGCUAAGAAUGCGUUCGAGAAAAACUUCUUCAAGCUAAUGAACAAUUCCAUCUACGGAAAGACUAUGGAGAAUCUAAGGAAAAGAGUUGAUGUGAAACUAGUGUCGUCGGAAAAUGAUCUCGUUAAACUUACGGCGUCUCCAUGCUUCCAGUCACAUAGGAUUAUGAAUGAGAGCCUGAUCGUGGUAAAGAGAAUGAAGGAAGUGUUAACCCUAAACAAGCCGUGUUAUGUGGGAAUGAGUAUCUUAGAUUUGUCUAAGACUCUAAUGUACGACUUCCAUUACAACACGAUCAAGAAGAAGUACGGUGACAAGUCGAAGCUCCUGUUCACAGACACUGACAGUCUAAUGUAUGAGAUUAAGACUGAUGACGUGUAUGAGGACUUCAAGAGGAUCGGUGAGAAGGAAGACUGUUGGGACAACUCAGAUUAUCCGAAAGAUUCUCCGUAUUACUCAGCUCAUAAUAAGAAGGUAAUUGGAAAGUUUAAGGAUGAAGCUGCAGGAGUGCCGGUGAUAGAAUUCGUGGGGCUAAGAUCGAAGAUGUACUCUUAUGUAAAGGAGAGUGGUGGAGGUGGAAUGACAGCUAAAGGUGUGAAAAAGUACGUGAUCAGAAACAAACUCACUCACGAAAACUUUAAGAACGUGAUUAAGACCAAAGGUAGGAUGAGACAUAAGAUGAACACGAUCAGAAGCAUCAAGCAUAAAAUCGGAACUUACGAACUGAAGAAAAUUACACUCAGCUGUUUCGAUGAUAAAAGAUACCUACUUGAAGAUGGUGUUACAAGUUACGCGUACGGACAUCACUCAAUAGGAAAAGUAAAUUAUUAAAUAAUGUUGAAAAAAUAAUGCUGAAAAAUAAUAGAAAAAUAAUAGAAAAAAUAAUGCCAAAAAUAAUAGAAAAAAAUAACGCCAAAAAUAAUAGAAAAAAUAAUGCCAAAAAUAAUAGAAAAAAUAAUGCCAAAAAUAAUAGAAAAAUGGUCUAGAAAAAUAUGAGCCCGCGUUUUUGGGGGAAAAAUAUGGAAACCGCUGACCGGAAGUUGGGUGAGAUCGCGGGCCGAAAAAGUGGUCUAGAACCCUCAUUCCCUAUACUACUCUCUUCUUCGUUCUCCAUUCUCGUAUUCUCCUUUCAUCGACUUGAAAUUCGGCGAGAAGCAGGUCGAUUCCCGUGCAUGUAUUUCCGCAUAUUGCUUGCUUUUUGACUGUAAGGCUGUAUUCGUAUUUUUUUCUUUCCCUUAUGCAACAUUUGGUUCUUAUUUGAGGCAGCUAUACAAUUAAUUUAUACAUGCCCUGUGCUGGUUGUACCGUUAUGACGCGCCCUAACAUGUGUAUGUGAAGCCCUGAAAGGUGAAAUGGUUUCACGAUCUAUUAAAGGCACAGUUCAGCCUUUUGAACGAUGGUUUUUAAGGCGCAUUUGAGCCCUUUUAAUUGAAAAAACUAACUAGGAAAAUCAAUUAAGCAUAAUUCAAAAUCAGUAAACUCGAUGUUUUUAACAAUAUAAAUGUUUUAAAAUGAAAUGCGCCUUAAAAACCAUCGUUCAACAGACUGAACUGUGCCUUUAAGUGUAAAUUUUCUCCACUCGAUCACUGCGAAACCGAAAGAUUGAAUUAAAUAAAAUCAGCCAUCCAUCCAUGCAAAAAUUAUAAGAAAUCUUUCCUAGCCAAAAUUUACUUACGAAAUACUUCGCCGUUGUGAUCAAGUUUUAUUAAUGCAGUUUUUGCGAAAUCAAAUGAAUAUGAAUACAAGAAGAUUUAGAUGAUCGACAUCGAAGUGCAAAGCCACGAAUUAGUUCUGAUGAUUGAAAGCUCUAGACGCGGGGGACAAAUAUUGGAUACUCUGAUCAUUUUCGAAAUCGGAAGAAGGAAGGGAUAUAAACAUCAAACAAGGAAGUAAAACCAGAAUACUGUAUCAUUCCUCUCUUCGUCAACAGGUGGGAAAUUUGUCUGAGCAUGAUUCAGCAUGUCAAAGCACUCCUUCAUGCUGAAUAUACUAUAGUGUGUACAAUAUUAAUAAGUAUUGCAGUUCUAUUCAAUUUCAAACUAGUAUACUUGUUAAUCAAAUUUACGUGUUAGGUUUGCUUACUCUUCAUUGCUUCAUUAUAAGCCUGAAUAUCAUUGUUCUUUCUUCUUAUCAUAUUAGGUUUCAACUUCCAUAAGAUGACAAGCUUCGUCUUAGUAAUUGGCAUUUUCUUUUGUUAUUACUUUGUGUCAUACAUUAGUGAGGGUAAGUCAUCUGCAGGGUAAGUCAUCUACAUCGAGAUUAUUUCUUUCCGGUAGCAUUCUAACAUUAUUCAAGGGAGGAUAUCAUAUCAGCAGUAGUGGUUCAGUUUCGAGUUUAAGUUACAGUUCGAGCUCCUCAUAUGAGUGAAUGAAAAGUAAGAUUUGAAAUUUUGAUGAACCAAUUGUCAAUCUCGUGCUUGCAUUCACACUGGAUCGUAACCUCGCUAUUAGUAAAAGCAAAUAGCACUUCUUCUCGAAGUAUUAACGCAAAAUCACACUUGUUUUAAGUAAAGUAAAUACUUGGCAAACAAACGCAGAUUACCUAACAGAAUCCAACAUUGUUCAUGAUUAUUCUCAACUCUAACAUGCUUCUGUGUUAUUUAGGAAAAGUACAUCUACCGCCUGGUGGGAACAGGUUGACUUUUGCACCUGGUACAACUGCGAAAAUAAAGUGGUCAUUUGAUGCUAAAAUAUCUAAAGUGAUUUUUCGGGCUUGGUAUUUCACAAGUAGUGACAGUGCAGCAGAAGAAGUGAUUGCCUAUAUAGAUCGUGAUUUUGAUAUUGAAAUAGUAAACAGCAGCCUACCUGGUGUUGGAAUAGAAAAGCCAGCAACACUGGUUUUAGAAAACGUUGAUUCCAGUUAUAAUGGGACAUACGGGUUUCAGAUUGCAACUCCCGGCGAGCAAGGCAGUAUAUUUGAAGUUGCAGUUUUUAUUGCAAGUAAGUAAAUGAAAUUCAGUUAACUUUUAUAGGUGUUUUCUCUACACUAAUUCCUUGUGUAUCAACGUUAAUGAACAUAUAGUAUAUAGCACUAUAAGCCAGAUUAUUUGAGACGAAGGCUUCAUUUUGCCUAUUAAUAUACAUGCACAUUUUUAUAAUCACUAACAUUUGUUAUAGCCAGAGACAUUAUCAAGCUAGAAGCAAAAAUGAGCCGACAAUAAUGAAUGCAUUAUAUUGGAAUAUUCGCUACAGAUAUGACGAGCUGAAAAAAGUAAUGAUUGAAAAUUAGAAAAUUAGGUUUCUCGUGUAUAUAUUUCCAGUUACGCCAACUGUGAAAGUCAAUUGUUCCAGUUCCAUCACAGUUAAUGAAGGUAAUGACGUCAUAUGUGUAUGUGAAGGAAAAGGUGGCAAUCCUCCUGCUGAUGUGAUGUGGUUUAGUGAUGUGAUAUGGUUUGGUACCAGGAUUGAUCUAACAGCAAACGUAGAACAAACAUUAACUCUCAGUAAUGUUGGUAAAACAGAUAGUGGAAUUACAUAUACAUGUGUGGCCCAAAGCCACGACCUAGCAAAGAAUGAAAUUGGUUCGCGAUAAUAUUAUUUUAAAUGGCUGUGAUUGGAGAAAAAAAAAUUCAGAUGCAAAAAAUAUUGAUGCUUUAAAGCAAAUAUCUCUAAUUAUCAAUAGCAUUUAAUUUGGCAAUGGCUUGUCAAAUGGAAGUAACUUCGGCUUCCAAGUACUACAAUUUGACGAUUUAUAUCACAUUUUUAGAAAUUUGCUUUUUCACAGAUGCACCAGAAGAGCUAUGUUUUAAGGAAGAAGCGGUAGUUGGUGAAUCAUUUACCAUAAAAUGUGAAGCUGCAGAUGGUCAUCCUGAACCAAUUAGUUAUACUAUAAUCCAUAAUAAUACCGAGGUCGUCAGCACUGAAAAGACGUAUACCAUCCCAGUUGUGAAUAAAUCUCAUGCUGGAUUAUAUAAAUGUAUCGCAGAGAAUAAACUUGGAAAAAUUUCGAAGGACUAUAAUUUGUCCGUCAUAGGUAGGCCUACCGCUGUAUAAGGUACUUUCUGAUCUAUAUAAGCUUUAAGUUCAUUUUUCUCACCACAUAUCAUUCAUGUUUUUAAGAUUAUUAACUGAAUAUGAACGUUUUUAUCAGCCUAGGACGAAUCACAAUUAACAAAUAUACAACAAUCCCAUCCCCGUUGUCUGUGUGACCAAAAUUCACACAAAACCAUGCAUGAGCCAAUAAUGAAAGUUAAGUUGUCACAACUUAGUUUUAUUAUGUUCGAUAGAUCAAUUAAUUACACGAACAACCGGUACAACAAAUGCAAAUUUUCCGACAACCAAUAAUUCUGGGAAAGGUAAAGUGUUUAUUUUUAUUUUUUCGGAAAUUAACACAGUUUGAAUGAGAAUAGAUUACUAGGUUGGAUAGACAAUGUUUUCAAGAAAUUUGAAUUAGCAGCAGUACAGAAUUUUUUUUUGCAAUAUUUACAUUAAGGUAUUGUGUGUGUGUGUGUCUAAAUUUUUUGUAUCUCACCCCAAUACAUACAUUUUAUGCUCGGUGGGACAUUUUUAAUUAUCACUUACCAAUUUACUGGAAAUGAGGGAAACGUGAGCAGUGACAGAUUGUUUUGUGACCAUGACACCAGAAUUAUGAUAAACCGGUUAUUGGUUUUGUAUUACAGAGGUAUAGGAACAUUUACAAAGCUCGAAACUGCCAAGUUUUUUAUGACUUGACAUUAAUCAGUUUCUCAAUGUUUCUCAACUGUAAUUACAGCUGGCAACAAAACAGACGAUGGGAAGACAGUGGUAGCAUGGCAUAUUCUUGUAUCAUUGGUAUCAGGAUUUAUCAUGGGGAUUCUGAUUUCAUACAUCGGGGUGUGUUGUCGUCGUCGGUUUAGUCAUAGAAAACAUCAAUCAAAACCUGAACCACAAACACCAAAAGAUACUUCAAUAUAUCAAGAAUUAGAUUUGGCUAAAAUGAAUUCUGAAGAUAAUUACCAAUCUUUGAUGGUGAAUUCUGCCAAUAAUCAACCAGAACGUGAAGCUGUUUACAUGGAUUUAAAUCAAGGCACCCGGGAUGAUGACAACCAAUAUCAGAAACUAAAUUUAACGUAAAAAUACUACAAAUCCUCUGUUAAGCCCCCAACCCCACCUCUCAGAUAAACUCCUCUUCCUAUUUAGACGAAGAAAAUUAUUCAAAAAUCUGUUCUCUAUAUUAAACCCCCUCCUGCUGAAUCAAGAUUCAAGAGUUUACCAUAUUUGAAUGACGUUUUCAUGACAUUUCAUGAUCCGGGUCAGCCUGGCUAGCGGGGAUGAAUCGUAUCAUGAAAUCGAAAAUUUCUCCUGCUUAUAAAAGAUCGUUGGAAUGAACUUUAUACUGUUACUGGAAUCGAACUAAGCUAAAUCAACUUUGAAACGUCAUUUUUGUUGUUAACUGUAACCAAAGCCGUGAUAAGAGCUUUAUUAAACGCAUCAUCUUGGUUAAGCGGACCUGUCCAGCUUCAUAUGAAUAGCCUUUGAGUUUUGGCUAAAUUAAUUAACAAGCUCCACUCUCUAUUAACCGCCCCUCUCAAUUUCAGAUAAUGCCUCAAACCCAUACCUAUGAUAAUACCCCCGAGAUUAGUUGAGGAUUUACCGCCAUGAGAUGAGUUUCAAGGAGAUAUUUGACUGACGGCAUUUUAGUUGAUAACUUAACCUUAAUUCAUUUUAAUUUUCUUUCUAAACAGUUGUACUAAGAAGUCAGCAUUCAAAAGUUUGUAGUUAAUUUUAUAAUCCAUAGCCCGAAGACGGGGAGUAAAACUGCCCGAAACGUUGCGAAAAUAAUAAAAUACUUUUAAUUAAUUUGUUGCCUACUAUCAUAACUGAUGUGAUGAAAAUUUUUUCCUCAAAUAUGCAAAGUAAAAAAGCAAAAAGUAUGGCGCUUAUUCAGGGCCGUUCCUAGACGCGAUAAUUGGGGAGGG